CCCCACAGUGGUUUCCUUCAUCUCAUCAUCUUUGUUUUUUGAGCACCAUGAAGUACCUCCUCCCCCUCCUCAUCCUCCUUCCCACGACCCUCGCCCAAUUCGCAACGGAUUGUGGUCCAUCCCUUCAAACAACAUUCAAUCAAUGCGCGUCGAAUUCGCUUACAGAUGGGAAUGGCCAACCUGCUCCAGCAGGAAGUUCGGUCGAACAGGCAUGUGCAUCCGUGCAAGCCAAUCAGGCGGCGUAUUACUGCUGUUUGUGUAAAGGAUUUACCGGGAUCCAAGGAUGUAUUGCGAAUUACUGCCCGCAAUCGGCCUCAGCACCUUCGAUUGGUCAGUCUGUUGCGCAAUUUUGUGGUGCGUGUCAACCUGCCAGCUCUAGUACGGUCUCGCGGGUCAGUGCGAGCAAUGUUCCCUUCCCUACGUUGAGUGGGGGAUUGCCCUCUGCGAGUGCUACCCCUUCUGCUACGCCUGCCCCGACAGCUGGGACGCAGGCCAAGGGAGCCGCUGCGGGAUUGGGUGUUCAGUGGGGGAUUGCCGUGAUGGGUGUUGUUGGUGGAGCUGUUGCGUUGGUGUAAGUGAGCUUUGGCACAAGCAACAAAUUAUUGAACUUGGGCGUGCGCCCUAAAGUGGUGAAUGUGGGGACCAUAUAAGGUCGUGUACUUAGGUGUUAAAAGCCCUGUAUCUGAAGAAAUGUGAAAUAUAGUGCGGAGCCGAUGGGUAUUGGCACUAGUACAUAGAUUCCAACCAAUUUAAUCAUAAUUUUACUCGAUUUAGACUCAUGAACUAUGGUUUGUUUGAUC